AUGUCUCGAUCAUCAUGCCAGGCCUGGAGGGGCUUCGGCGCUCGCUCUGCCUGUUCUGCACCCCCGGGUGGCCGUGGCGGCCGGAGCAGCUUCAGCAGCAGAAGCCUCAUUUCCUUUAGGGGCUGCAGAGGAGCCUCUAGUGGGAGGGCUUGGGGAUCAGGGGGAGGACCAGGGGUACGGUUUGGGGAGGGCCGUGGUGGGCCCAGGCUUUCCUUGUGCCCUCCGGGGGACAUCCAGGAAGUGACCAUCAACAGUAGUCUGCUGACCCCAUUGAAAAUGGAGAUUGACCCCCAGUUCCAGGUGGUGAGGACUCAAGAGACCCAAGAGAUCAGAACCCUCAACAACCAGUUUGCUUCCUUCAUUGACAAGGUGCGCUUUCUGGAGCAGCAGAACAAGGUCCUGGAGACCAAGUGGGAGCUGCUGCAGCGGCUGGGCGUGAGUGACAGCCCGCCGGACCUGGAGUCUUUCUUUGAGGGCUACCUGGCCCGGCUCCGGUGGCAACUGGAACAGCUCCAGAGGGAGCGAAGGGCUGUGGACGCCGAGCUGAAGUCUUGCCAGGACCAGGAGGAGGAGUAUAAGGCCAAGUAUGAGGAAGAGUCCCGCAAGCAUGCCACGGCUGAGAAUGACUUUGUGGUCCUAAAAAAGGAUGUGGAUGGGGUUUUCCUGAACAAGAUGGAGCUGGAAGGCAAGCUGGCGUCUCUCCGAGAGUACCUCUGCUUCUUGAGGCAACUCAAUGAAGAAGAACUGGGCCAGCUCCAGACCCAGGCCAGCGACAUGUCUGUGGUGCUGUCCAUGGACAACAACCGAGUCUUGGACUUCAGUGACAUCAUUGCGGAGGUCCGCGCCCGGUAUGAGGAGAUUGCCCAGAGCAGCAAAGCUGAGGUGGAGAUGCUGUACCAGACCAAGUACCAGGAGCUUCAGGCGUCUGCCCGACUUCAUGGUGACAGCAUGAAGGAAACCAAAGUCCAGAUCUCUCAGCUGCAGCAGGCGAGUAAGAGUCUGCAAAGUCAGAUCGAGAACCUCAAGAAGCAGAAUGCCGACCUGCAGGCCACCAUUGCCAAUGCCGAGCAGCGUGGGGAGCUGGCCCUCAAGGAUGCUCAGACCAAACUGGACGAGCUGGAGGCCGCCCUGAGAGCAGCCAAGCAGGACCUAGCCCGGGUGCUGCGCGAGUACCAGGAGCUCAUGAGCACGAAGCUGGCUCUGGACGUGGAGAUCGCCACCUACCGCAGGCUGCUGGAGGUUGAGGAGAGCAGGAUGUCUGGGAGGUGCACCAGCCAGGCCACUAUCUCUGUGGGCGGAGGCAGCGUUGUUGUGUCUGGAGGAGCGGGCAGUGGCCUGGGGGCCACUUGUGGACUUGCAGACGAGAAAGGCAGCUUUGGGUCCAGCUGCUCCAGCAUUGUGACCGGAGGCUCCAAUGUCAUCCUGGGCUCUGGGCAGGGUCCUAUUUGGGGCUCCUGCUCUGUAUCGGGCUCUAGCUCUGGCUCUAGCUCCGGCGGCCACACCAUCCUGAAGAAGACAGUGGAGUCAAGUCUGAAGAUGUCUGUCACUUACUGA